AUGGCGUCGCCUAACACAUCAAACUCUGUCACUAAGUCCGGAAUCACAACCGACUCAGUCACCGGAGAACGCUACAUCCCAUCCUCGGUCAGAGCCGAUGGUUCGAAGCGCAAGGAGAUCAAGGUCCGGCCCGGGUACCGUCCCCCGGAGGAUGUGGAAUUGUACAAAAACAGAGCUGCAGAGGCCUGGAAGAAUCGCGGGAAAUCGGGUGUACCAGGAGCCGUGCCCGGAGCUGAGAGCUUGAAGGACAAUGACGCUACAAAACCCGCCAGCGCUGCCAGCAACAAGAAUGCCAAGCGACGAGAAGCGAAGAAGAAGGCGAAGGCUACGCAGGAUGAUACAGAUACUCCGAAUGGCAGGGAUAUUUCUCAGAUCGAGAACUGGCGUGCGGCUCCAUCUGGGGGUGAUGCAAAACAACUAGAUGGCUCGGAGGCCUCCGCAACUCCUGUCGACCCCGAAGUAGAGCAGGAGAAAAAGGCUCGCAAUUUGAAGAAGAAGCUCAAGCAGGCUCGUGACCUAAAAGACAAGAAAAACAAGGGUGAGGCCUUGCUACCGGAACAGGUAGAGAAGGUGAUCAAAAUCCAGGAGCUGAUUCGCCAACUCGAUUCGCUUGGGUUUGAUUCCAACGGAGAAAAGAAAGAUGGUGAAGAGGAGAAA